AUGUGGGGAGAUCCAGAGGAUGUAGGGGAGCCCUCUUCUGAAGACCCUAGGUCAGAUCAGGGAAGGACCCUGGUGCCUGAGGUGAGCGCAAUCACGCGGACCUCAGUCACUCAGGAUGCUCAGGGAAAACCCACAGAAACCACACAGGUAACAGUCCCCCUCAGCGGAGCUGAUCUAGCAGCCCUGGGCAAGACCCUGGGAUCUGCUAACAUUAGGAAUUUGGGACAGUGGUUGCAGAAAUCCCUGAAUGUAGUGGAGUGUGAAACCCUGAGUGUCUGGGAAUGGCACCGCCUACUAAGGGCUUGCGUCACCCCAGAGAUUCAGGCAGCUAUGGAUCAGGAGGACAGCUUUGGGGGAGACAAUAUUCUCCAGAGCAUAGUGGGUUUGGGGAUCAGUUUGGGGAGAAAGACAUUUAAGGGUCAGUUUGGGGCUAGCCACCAGACACCUGGGGAACCUGUUAGGGACUAUGUGAUCCAGUGUGUUGUGUUGGGAUUGCUGUCAGGGAUGGUUCUGCCCCUAGACAAGGAGAACAAACGGACAUCGGACAUAAGAAGUAUAGAUUACCCUCCUGGGUUUUGGAAGGAGGUACAGGAGGGGAUGCAUCAGCCCAUAAUUGGACUGAUGGGGCCGCUCCGAGAGACUGGGAGAUAUGUGCUGGGAGAAGUCCUCGCCCGGGCUCAGGAUGCAGAGAAGUUAAUUGGAUGUCAAGGGGGGGCAAUUGCAGCCACCCAGUUCAAAGAAAAGCUUAAUGACACACCAAAUUAUAUGGUUACCUAUUCUAUUGAAAGUGCAUACCCCAAAACUGAUACGGGGGUUGGGGGUCCAAAUUAUUGCCCCAGCCCACACUGGGUUAACCCCAGGGUAUCAAAGGAAAGAGAGGGAAAAUGGGAUUCGGUCAGCAGUGUGGAAGUUUUUAAUGCGGCAUGGGGAACCGAAAGGGAGAUGGCAUAGAAAGCCUCUAGCCGAGCUGCUUAUCAGAAUGGCAGAGCUGACUAGGGAGGGAGCAGCACCUCCCCUUUCUAACAGGGUAGCAGCCUCAGCCCCAGCCCCGGUCUCCGAGGAGCACUGACGGAGCCCCUGUAAUGGGACCCUGGAGCAAAGCCCUGGCUCAUGGGAGAAAUUGGGGACCCUCAUUUGGGAUCCAGGAGGGAGACCCCAAAUACCUGUUACGGUGGGAACUCAAGGGCAUAGCAGCGCACUCCUGAACACCGGAGCUGCACUAAAUGUAUUUGGGAGGAAAUGGGACCUGAAUCAGGAAAAUGGGUACAUGUGUCCCAACUGAAACUGUUUAAGGGGACAGAAUAACCCUGAAUCUAGCCUUGUUAAUAGGAUUCCUUGUGUCAUGAGCAGAGCAUCCCAGUGACCCAGCUUGGAAAAAAAAAAAAAAAGGUGAGCCACCAACCACCUGACCCUCGAGGAACAGGGCAACCAAUCUCUUAAUCCUGCCGGCCACCCUUCUUGGUGCUCUGAGCCGUUGGAAAAUACACAUCGGACGGGCUGAUCAGUGCCCACCUCGAUGUUGAGGCAGGAAAAGGCCAAAAAAAAUCUGCAACUUAGAAUGGCCACCCUCCUGUAGGUAACUGCUCCACUUUUUCAGUAUAAAAGAAAAGCACCCAAAGAAUGGAAAAUGCUGUGUGCACUGCCACUGCACAUGUCAGCAUUGCACUUUGUAAAUACGAAUAAUCAGCCACUGCAAGGAGUUUUCCUUGGCAGGUUUGUGUGUGUUUGUUUUCUUGCAGAAACCACAGUGUAGUCAAAGGUGACCGACAAACCAUGAGGCCUCACUACCAUCAGCAGCAUCUUCCUCAUCACAGCCAUGGCAAAAAUUGUCUUGUCUGUUUGUGGUGUCUUGUUAUAUGUUUUGUGUUUGUUUGUUUGGUUUGUUUUAAGUUGUCAAUUUAAAUACAUAUGAUAUCAUAAAAAUAUAAUAAGAGUAAUUGGUAAUACCUCCUCUAAAAAUUGAACCUGUCUGUGGAUCCCAGACCAGAACACUUCCGUCCGGUUGGACUGGAAAGUUGUUCUGACAUUUGAAACAAGGGCAGAAUUCUCAAAAGGUUUUAUAUUCCACUUGGUUAGCAAAAGAAUAUUUAUUAAGGAUCAUGUGUACUUUGGUUUUUUGGGGGGUUUUGUUUUGUUUUUGUUUUUGUUUUUUCUCUGUACUUCUCUUAAGGAUUUAAAUGCUAUUUAGAAUAUCAGUAUAACAAGAUGUGUGUAAAAAAAACUACAUUCAGUCAUAUUUUAAUAAGCAAAGAGAUAACUAUACCAUUGUAAAUGUUCAAAUCAACCUUGUUAUAUUAUUUUCUCUCUCCCCCCAAGGCUUUUCUCUUUCAAUAUCUUUUAACUGCCUAAGUUUUGUUUUAACUUCAAACCAGCUGAAGAUGACACACCUCCUGUCUAUAUAGCUGAACAAUGGUGUUCAAACAGUAUAGUGACAUCACCCUUGUGUAAGGCCAAUGUCAAGGGGGGGAAUAAUGUAGCAGAAAGCCCCCUUUUCCUCUUGCCUGCAUUUGCUUUCCCCUCUUUGGAUAUGUUUCUCUUUUUCUACCUUUUCUUCCUUCCUCCCUCUCUCUUUCACUUUAAGAUAAGGAAUUGUGUUUUAAAAUUUGUAUGUUUGCAUUUUGUAUCUCCCCUUGUAGUUUGGUAUUUUUAUCUAUUUGUGUGCCAUGGCAUUUGUAGCUUAUAUUUUAUACUCCUCACCUUUCAACUUUCAACUAAAUGUGUUUUAGUAAGUUAUACAUUGUAACAAUGUUGUUGUCCCCAAAGGACAGCGGGUACGUGCCCGGUGCGCUUCUGCCAAUAAACACACAGGGGUGGAGGAUCCAACUUAAACUUUAUUUCUGCGCAGAAAGCGGUGCUUGGCAAUCGUUCGCAAAGCAAGCACCCCCACCCAAGUGGGCAUCAGCCUUAUAUAGCUACGUGACAGGUUGAACUUGCUGAUGUGGUAAAUUGUGCAGCAAGCCCAGCAAGUAACUCCCCUUCCAACCCCCUCUAGGGACCUUGCCGAUAUAGCCUUUCCUUCUAGCAAGGCCAGCAAUUAAACAACUAGGCAACAAGCGAUCUCCCCCAGCCUAAACAACCUACUCUAUGCCCUUGGUUAGAUAAAAUACUUUUUCAAAACAUACAAAGCUGUUCCCAAAGUAUAAAAAAAAUAAAAGUUUCAAGGGUACUCAUCAAUGUUAACAAGGGCAGGAAUCAAACUGUCCUUCUCUGUAUCAGGCUGGCCUCUGAAACAGCUAGUGAAUCAGUGAUUGAAUGUGUAACAAGGUAGCACACAGCAAUUAACAACUGGAAAGCUGCAGAUCAGCCAACGGAAGAGCUCAACAGAAGACAAUGAAACAACUGGGAAAUCUCUAAACGUCACUGAUCAAGGGCUAGAAGCCCUGGCCUGAGUUAAUCAACGCUGGGGACCAACUUUUGGUCUGAAUAUCUCCAGAUCAACUGCUCCCAGAGCCCUAUUCAAAAUUCAUCAACAGACUCCCAAACCUGCACAUACAUGCAGACGACCCCUGGGACUGACAGAUGCCAUCCAGUAGCCACCGAGUGGGGGGAAGUCCCACGAGGGUCAAUGACCCCUGGAUUGGGCAAACCUGAAAACUGGGGAGUCACCAAAGUCUGCCAAGGACAGAUAAAAGGCAGUGAAAAGUGACCCUCAGUGGCGCCCUCUUGAUCUCCAACUCGACCAGACCUGUCCAGCCAGAAGGACCAGCUGGCGACCCCCUUCUGGAAGAUAACACCACACUGAAAGAAGCCUCAACGACAGACUCCAGCGCUUGUAGGAUAGAUACUUCAGGCACAGCUUCAGCUUCCAGCUUCACAAAGGU